AGCGGCACUUCCAAGAUGGCGACCUCCCUGAAGGCGGGUCCUGCGCUGCGGGGGCUCCUGCGGGGAUCCGAGGAGCAGCGGCUGCCGGAGGAGCUGCGGGCCGAGCUGGAGGCGGCCCUGGCCGAAGAGGAACCCCGCUUGUCAUUCCACUUGGUCCGAAAGCUCCACCGAGCUCUGCGGGAGGCGGGUUCUCAGGUAUAUCUUCAUGAACUGCUGGAAGGCAGCGAGAUCUUCCUUCCUGAAGAGAAAAAGCCUCCCAGGAAUCCAGAAUUAGUAGCCCGGUUAGAGAAGAUCAAGGCCAAGCUAGCCAAUGAGGAAUACAAGAAGAUAACAAGGAACAUCAACUGCCAGGAACUGAACCGAUACGGCACUUUGGCUGACCUUGGAAGGCAAGUGAGGUCCACCAAAGCCUUGGUUGUCGCCGUCGUCAACUUCCUGGUCACUGUGGGAGCCACGUUUGCCUGCACCUACCUGGGCUCCCAGUACAUCUUCGUGGAAAUGGCACCGCGUGUCCUGUCAGCCGUGGUUGUGGCCUCCAUCGUGGGCUUGGCUGAGCUCUACGUGAUGGUUCGGAACCUGGAGGGAGAACUGGGGGAGCCGUAGCCAAGGAGGCCUUCCUGGCCGGCCUUUCUCUUGGCCUGCUCUCUCACAGCCCUCCAUCCUUGCUGCUCCCCACUCGUGGCCGGGGAGGUGGGGGCGGCCACCAGAGGCCACCUGCAAAUCCCAGUACAAACCACCAAGGAGGAACAGGACCUUCUCUCUGCAACUUCUUCCUCCUGCAACUACAGACAAGUGGGCUCCUUUCCCUUCCCCAGAGGCCUCUCUGCUGCGAAAAGCCUUUCCCCAACAGGCCUCCCUUUUCUCUGGCACAAGUAAUCUGGUGUGUUUUCAGUAGUGGGGUUUUUCCCCCCUGCAGGCACUGAAGCUGCAAAGGGUCCAGGACUAGGGGAUCUGGUGGGGGAAGCAACUUCACACCAACAGUAGAAGAUUUUUCUUUGUGUAUCUGGAAGGUUGCUGUUCCCAAAGAGUUGGCCACCUGAGCUAGCAGUGCUAGAGAGGCUGCCCAUAGCGAUUACUUUGGUUGCCCUAUGGCAAACACAAAGGGACACACCAUUUUGCUGUUACACCAAGCCCGGCAAGCAACUGUGAAAGGCCGCAUCCUAUCCCUUGCAGUUUGGAGAUGCUUCCCCCCCCCUCCGCAAACCGCCAUCCCCCGGGUGUCGUCUUAAUGUAUAGAAAUCAACCUUCGUUGUGUGCAAUAAACGGAUCAGAAUCUG